CGGCGGCGUGCGUACCAGAGAAUCGACAAGUCAGGAGAUCGCUCCCCUGUUUGGAUCGAAAGAGAGGAGAAGAGAGAAGAGAUGGAGCAGGCUAUGCUGGCUAGGGUAUUGGCCGUUACCAGCGUUGGUUUGUCGUGGGCAGUAGCGUGGAGCCUCUUGUCGCGACAGCUCAAGAAGCCCUUCUCCUGCACGCCCGCCAUCCUCAGGACCUUGGACGCCGCCGCCUCCGAUCCAGUCAUCGGCCGCGACGACGAGAUCGACCGCAUCAUCUGCAUCCUCUGCCGCUGCAUCAAGAACUGCGCCGCCCUCGUCGGCCCUGCCGGCGUCGGCAAGACGGCCAUCGUCGAGGGCCUCGCUCGGCGCAUCGCUGCUGGGACGGUCCCCGAAGCCCUCGCUGGGGCCCGCGUGGCCGAGCUAGACGUCGGGGCCAUGGUCGCGGGGACCCACUGGCGCGGCAUGUUUGAGCAACGCUUGAAGGAUGCCAUCAAGAAGGCUGAGGAUUCUGCCGGCAAGCUCAUCCUCUUCGUCGACGAGAUGCACAUGAUUGUUGGUGCCGGCGACCAUCGUGGCAGCACCGGCGACGCCGCCAACAUCCUCAAGCCCGCGUUGGCCCGUGGCCGCAUCUGUUGCAUAGGCGCCACCACAACCGAAGAGUACCGCAAAUACAUUCAGAAGGAUGCCGCGCUCGAGCGGUGCUUCCAAAGGGUUGACAUCGACGAGCCGACCCUGCAGGCAACCGUUGUCAUCCUGCAGGGGCUGAAGCAGCGGUACCAAGACUACCAUGGACUGAAAAUUCGCGAUGACGGGUUGCUGCUGCGCACCUCGCCGGCCGUUAUAUUACACAGGUCGCCAGUUUCCUGAUAAAGCAAUUGAUCUGAUGGACGAGGCAUGCACUUCCCUGAAGUUGCAUCAACCAAAACAAAUUAGAGAUAAGAAAACUAGCACUGUAAAUGCAGUGGAGGAGCUAACCGUUGGUCCAUGUCAUAUUGCACAAGUUGUGAGCCGAUGGACUAAAAUUCCGAUCACUACACUUGGCCGAGAGGAAGAAAAGUUUAGCCACCUAGUAGACAGGUUGCAUGAGAGAGUCGUUGGACAGCAUGAAGCUAUUAAUUUGGUUGCGCAAGAAGUGCUACGUUCGAGGGUCGGCUUUGAUCAAUCUAGCCAACCAAUCGGUUCUUUUCUAUUUUUGGGGCCGACUGGUGUUGGGAAGACAGAGCUUGCGAAAGCACUUGCCGAGAAGCUGUUUGACAAUGAGAAGGCAUUAGUCCGCUUUAGCAUGUCUGAAUAUGCCGACAGUGGUUCUGUGUCAUGUCUCAUUGGAGGACCUCGAAGCUAUGAAGAAGACGGACAACUCACCGAGAAAGUCAGGAGCCAACCGCAUAGCGUUGUUCUUUUUGACGAGGCGGAUAAGGCACAUCCCUCGAUAUUCAUGUUGGGAAUCGUAGCAUAAUUUAAAAUUUUCCUACG